UAUAGAAGCAAAAAUCUCGUGUUGGAAAGCUGUGCAGUUUGUGUGUGUGUUGAAUUUGAGUGUGUCCAAAACAAACUUGAGAAAAUGUGUAUCCAGUGAUAGUUCACCGUUUGGAAUUGUCAUUUCUCAAUGACGUUGGAUACGAAACGAGUCACCACGAAUCGAAAAUGAAUGAAUCGACGGGUGACGUUAAACCAAACGUAGGUGAUGUCAAUUGCCAUUUAAUUUGCACCGUGUGCCAAGGAUACCUGAUAGACGCUACCACCAUCACCGAGUGUCUUCAUUCAUUUUGUCGAUCAUGCGUGGUUCCGCACGUGGCGGAAUUCCAUCAAUGCCCUUCGUGUUCCGUCCCGCUUAGUACGACGAAACCAUUUUCACAGCUCAGGAGAGAUUACACAUUGCAAAGUAUCGUUUAUAAAAUGAUACCGAGACUUGCACGGAAUGAAUUGGAGAGGAGAAGAACAUUCCGGAUGGAACGCGUUGCAACAGAUGAUAAUAAAACAGAAGAAUGUUAUUUACAAUCGUUUUAUGCUCCAAACGAUCCCAUCUCCAUGUCAUUAGAAUACGCCGAACCAAAUUGCGAGUUUGGUUUGAAAGCGAAUCUGGGCAAAGAUGGACCGGAAGCUGGAUCUCAACAUCGACGUUACUUCCGUUGUCCGGCUGAUCUUCCAAUUGGACAUUUAAUUAAAUUUCUUCGCAAUAAAUUCAACGUUACCGAUCCCGCUACGCACAAGCUUGAAAUCUUAUACAACGGACGUCCACUUGCAUCAGAGUACAAACUAUCGGAUGUCGCCUACAUCUUCUCAUGGAAAGAGAGAGAACCUUUGAGAUUGUGGUACCGGAUAUCACCUUCGUUAAUCAAGGAAGAAGAACAGCGGGAAGAGAUGAAGAAAGGUAAUCAACGAGCAAGUCUUGUUGACAUAACUAGUAAACGUAGUUGGCAAUGUAAUGGCAAAGACGAACGUCUUGCCAAGCGCCGGAAGCGUCCAUCCGCACAGAAAAAAAAGAUGGAAUCGGUUGAUCCGGUUAAAACGAUUUUCGAUGAGGCUCGUACAACUGAAUUCAGUUGUUCUACUCCAAUUCCGCCAGUCGAAACGUGCGAACCUACCGAGUCCAAUAAAAUCCAAAACUGGUUGCCCAAAGCCAUUUUCGACUUGGACGAUCGAGCAUUGUUUGCUAAAAGACUCCAAAGAAUAACCAAUCCUUCCGAAUUCCGGCCGGAAGAAAUUGCACCUCCUUCGAAAGAGGAGCCUCCAGUAGUCGAUAAAGACGCGCAAUUAAUUCCAUUGCGGAUCUGCGUGACUCCUCCAUCAGCUUCGGGACAUGCUAAUCCCGAAGAUGAAAUUCACGAUAGUAUCGGUGCGUUAGACCUAUCGGGAAGUAAAGGCGAUUCGAGUGAUGCAUCAUCGCCGUUAUCAGCCGGAAGUUGCCGAUCCAGCGCCAGUCCAGUAGGUUCUGCGAGUAAAGUGGGUCCUCAUCCUUAUUUCAUGACACCCAGCGCAGUCUACCACCACGUCCAGCAGCAGGAUCCGGCUCAAUCGAUGGCCGCUCUAGCUGCAGCUGCCCAACAGUCUAAACGGAAUUCCAGCCGGAGUGAAGAUGAUGUCCAUAAAGCAUGGGACCUUUUCCAUAUCCGGCCAUCCACUGCUCACAGUAGUCAACCAGCUACCCAUCAGAGCCUAUUGAAUUUACUCAAGUCCAAACAAAAAUGAAUUAAUUUUGACCAAAAUUCCGGAUUGAAUUUCCGGAUGUGUGAUGUUUGCUGUUUGUCUGUGUGAAUUUUCUGUAUCGACUUUUUUUUUGACAUUAUUUUUUUUUAUACAUAUUAUAAAUAACU